ACACCAUCUUCAUUUCACCUCUUCAAAAACAGGUCUUGGUUGCAGUCUCCAACAAAAAAAAAACGAAAAAACAAAGGAUUCUGCACCAACAACAAUAACAAUGGAUUUAACCACUAAACUUAACCACAUGGAACUUCACUCGACUUUCUUAACCACAACUGCUCCUCUCCUCCGUAAGCCCACUUGUUUCCGCCCCCGUUCACUUUCAACUAAAAUAUUCAACCAACAUAAUCAUCAUCAUCAUCAUCAUCCAGUCACUAAGUUAUCUGCUGUAGCUAUAGAUACACAAACCACUACUGCUAUUGCUAAUGAUGAUAUCGAGAGUCUUUUUUCAAAACAAGACGAUGAUGAUAUCGAUUAUAAAAGAAAAGGGGGGAACAAAAAUGGGGCUUCGAGUAUUUCCUCUGGUGUUAGAUUAGAAAACAUCAGUAAAUCUUACAAGGGUGUUACUGUUUUAAAAGAUGUCUCUUGGGAAGUUAAAAAAGGUGAAAAGGUUGGUCUAGUUGGUGUUAAUGGUGCUGGCAAAACAACCCAGUUAAGGAUUAUUUCGGGUCUUGAACAACCGGACUCGGGUAAUGUUGUAAAGGCCAAACCCAAUAUGAGGAUAUCGUUUUUGAGCCAAGAAUUCGAGGUUUCCCUGACUAGAACUGUUAAGGAGGAGUUCUUAGAUGCCUUUAAAGUGGAAAUGGAUAUUUCAAACAGGUUAGAUAACGUGCAGAAAGCUAUCGAAGCUUCUGUUGAUGAUUUGGAGUUGAUGGGGAGGCUUUUGGAUGAGUUUGAUUUGCUUCAAAGAAGGGCGCAGGCCGUUAAUUUGGAUAUUGUUGAUGUUAAGAUUAAUAAGUUGAUGCCUGAGCUUGGGUUUUCCCCGGAAGAUGCAGAUAGGCUUGUUGCCUCUUUUAGUGGCGGUUGGCAGAUGAGGAUGUCACUUGGGAAAAUAUUGCUUCAGGAUCCAGAUUUGUUACUACUGGAUGAACCUACUAAUCAUCUUGAUCUAGACACGAUCGAGUGGCUCGAAGGCUAUCUUAAUAAGCAAGAUGUUCCAAUGGUGAUCAUAUCUCAUGACAGAGCUUUUCUUGAUCAAUUAUGCACAAAAAUUGUGGAGACUGAUAUGGGUGUUUCUAGAACUUUCAUUGGAAACUAUUCGGACUACAUAAUUGGUAAGGCAUCAUGGAUUGAAGCUCAGUUUACUGCAUGGGAGAAGCAACAGAAAGAGAUUGAGCAUACAAGAGGCUUAAUUAGCAGGUUAAGUGCCGGGGCAAAUUCUGGACGUGCCUCUACUGCAGAGAAGAAGCUAGAAAAGCUCCAGGAAGUGGAACUAGUGGAUAAACCAUUUAUCCGGAAACAAAUGAAGAUUAGAUUUCCUGAACGUGGAAGAAGUGGAAGAGAAGUCUUGACGAUAAAAAAUCUUGAAUUUAGCUAUGAGGACAAGGUUCUCUUCAAAAAAGCUAACAUAUCAAUACAAAGGGGUGAGAAAAUUGCAAUAAUUGGGCCAAAUGGUUGUGGAAAGAGUACUCUUCUAAAGUUGAUCAUGGGCUUACAGAAACCAAACAAUGGGGAAGUAAUUCUUGGCGAACAUAACGUGCUACCAAACUACUUUGAGCAAAAUCAGGCCGAGGCUCUUGACUUGGAAAAAACGGUGCUUGAUACUGUCGCUGAAGUUGCAGAAGAUUGGAGAUUUGAUGAUAUAAAGGGACUUCUUGGACGUUGCAAUUUUAAGGCUGAUAUGCUAGACAGAAAGGUCUCUUUAUUGAGUGGUGGUGAAAAGGCGCGACUUGCAUUUUGUAAGUUUAUGGUUAAACCUUCCACAUUGUUGGUGCUGGAUGAGCCAACUAAUCACUUGGAUAUACCUUCAAAAGAAAUGCUUGAGGAAGCUAUUGCUGAAUAUGAAGGAACUGUCAUUACGGUAUCUCAUGAUCGAUACUUCAUAAGACAAAUAGUGAAUAGAGUUUUAGAAGUUAAAGAUGGAGACCUGGAAGAUUAUAAUGGCGAUUAUGAUUAUUAUCUUGAGAAGAACCUCGAGGCAAGAGAAAAGGCUCUUGAAAGAGAAGCCGAACUAGAGGAGAAGUCUCCUAAAGCUAAAGCAAAAUCCAAGAUGUCAAAGGCGGAAAGAGAAGCUCGCAAGAAGCAAAAAAUGCAAGCAUUCCAGCAGGCAAAACAGAAAUCUAAGGGGCUGAAAAACUCUAAAAGAUGGAAUUGAAGGAAGCACAAGAGGUGAAUGGUGAUAUCCAAGUUGUUUUGUACAUAUUUUACCCAAAAUAUAGAGAUAGAUUAUCAAUCUUAAGCUACUUUUAAGCAGAAAAAAAGGAUUAUCUGGCGAAAUUUAUGAGGCAAUGUGUUUUGUUUGCCGAUGAAACCUAUGCAGGCCGUGGACAUUUAUCUCAAAUUUAGUAAAAGAUGGAUGCUUCAUCUUUUUGGACCCGGGGAUGCUUGAUCUUAUUUCGAGUCUUAAUUCAUAUUUGGCAUUUAGUCUUAUUCGUCCUCAAUCUCUAGUACGAGACUUGUAAUAAUUUCAUUCUAUAUAUAUAUAUAAUCAAAGCAAAUGGAUAUGAUUUUUAUUGCGAUCA